CUUCACGAUUGCUUUUUCUGAUACUCUGUCAAAGUUCCUUUUGUUUUUUUUUUGUCGGAGUGCUUUGUUUGAGAAUAUCGUGGAAUUGUCUGUCAUAGGUACAUCGAGUCGUACUCAGACCACAGUUCAUCAUGCGUCAACUCACUGAAGAGGAAACGAAGACGCUCUUCGAGAAGCUCAGUGCCUACUGCGGAAGGUCGAUCGCGAACUUGAUCACGGCCGGCUCCGAAGACAAUGACCGCUAUGUGUUCCGCAUGAUCGGAAGCCGCAUCUACUACGUCCCGCUGUCCCUGGCCAACCUGGCGACCUCCAUUCCUCGCGAUUAUUUGCUUUCGAUGGGUACUGCGAUUGGAAAGCUCACUAAGACUGGCAAGAUGAGACUUCACAUCACCGCGCUGGACGUCAUCUCGCCCCACGCCCGGUUCAAGGUAUGGAUCAAGCCGAACGGUGUCGCGCCGUUCUUGUACGGAGGAAACGUCGUCAAGGCGCACGUAGGCAGAUGGUCCGACGACUGCCCGGAGCACGCUGGAGUUGUUGUGCUCGACCAGAACGACACGCCCUUGGGAUUCGGCGUCACUGCUCGGUCGACUGCUGAGGCACGGAAGCUCGAGCCUACGGCGAUCGUUGUCUUCCGCCAGGCAGAUUGUGGAGAGUAUCUGAGAGAGGAAGAUACUCUUUUCGCGACUUGAAGAAAAGUGUUGCAUACGCGGAAUCGAUCAUGGGGUUAUUUUUAUAGAUACCUUGGGAUUCUCGCAGGAGUUUUGGAGUCGUCAUCUAUCUACCGAUCUAUCUGUUUAUUCGACUGGUUGUUUAUCUAGAAAAGUCUUUAUUCUGAUGUCUAGCCUUGUACUAUAUCGGACGUAUGAGAUG